UUGUCAAAACCCCAACAGAGCUUGGUGCUCAGAAUACUUAAACGUAUUGCUGUCAUUGCUCUAUAUUGAUUGUUUCUUCACCGUAUAGAUAUCUUUUAUGGUUAGAAAGUUUUUGUUAACUUGGUCACAGCAAAAUACAAUGGAUAUCAUGAAGAUUAAUAUGAAAGAGUGCCGUGUUGUGAUGCGCAAGCUCUCUGAAGAUGCCGUCAGGAGGGGCUGGCACGCUGAGCUCAACCGCAUGCAGAAGCUUCUAAGUCUUGGCCAACCCGAGUCCGAUGCAACAGGCGCCAGUGGCUCAUCUUCUACCCGACCAUUUGCGGCAAUUUACGUCAAAGAAGAGCCCGGCUGUGAGGAGGAGGCAAUAACUAUCAAGAAUGAACCGAUUGAGACGGAAGAAAACGGGGCUUGUCCCGAUGCACCUGCCAGCCAUGGGUGUGGUGGUCGACCAGCUCGACCUCCCCCAGCCUCUGGACCCUGCAAGGCGGAAGCUCAAAUUGAAGCUCGUGAUGCACACCCAGUCCACCAACCCGCCUCGCCCAACUCUGCCGUGCCUGCAACAGUUGCGUGCGUGGGAAGCGGGCAACCCGCGCCUGCAUUAGCUCCAGAAGGCGCCGUUGGCCCCGGCGACGUCGUCUCCAAAGCCUCUAGUUCCAAGCCGAGCAACAAGUGGCUGCGACACAUUUGCUCUGAUUGCGAAUUUCGUUGCACAAAAAAACGUAAGCUUCAGCAACACAUUCGUUCUAAACAUUCCCGCGAAAUGCCUUAUCGGUGCCCUGAAUGUAAAUUAGCUUGCUCCAAUGAACAAAAUCUCAAGCAUCAUAUUCGCUUAACGCAUAAUCAAACACAAACACCGAAGAAACUUUUUCUAUGUUUGGAAUGUGAAUAUUCGUGUUCAAAUAAAACACUGCUAAAGAGCCAUAUACUUUAUAGGCAUUCGUUGUUGAAGCCAUUUCAAUGCGCCGAGUGCGAAUAUUCGACUGUUACUAAACACAAGCUUAGAUUGCACAUACUUUCAAAGCAUUCAUUGCAGAAACCUCUACAAUGCUCAGAAUGUAAAUAUUCCUGUGUCACUAGAAACCAUAUGAAACAACAUACACAAAGAAAGCAUUCGCGUGAAAAACCUCUGAACUGCUCAGAGUGUGAAUAUUCUUGUAUCACUAGAAGCUGUAUGAGAUAUCAUGUGAUAGCCCAACAUUCAGCAGAGCCGCCUCUACGCUGCUCGGAGUGCGAAUAUUCUACUGCUUUUAAAAACAGGCUUGAGCUGCAUGUUCUUUACAAGCAUACAUCCAAGAAACCGCUUAAUUGCUCUGACUGUGAAUAUUCAUGUGUGACGAAGUCCCAGCUGCAGACUCAUGUUCUUCAUAAACAUACAGCUGAGAAACCUAGAAGCUGCUCAGAAUGUGAAUAUUCUUGUGUGACCAAGGGCCAGCUAGAUAGUCAUUUUUUUCAUAAGCAUUCAUCCACGAAACCUCGCAGCUGCUCUAAAUGUGAAUUUUCCUGUGUGACUGCGAGCCAGAUGGAGAGUCAUGUUUUUCAUAAGCAUACCUCUGAGAAACCUCUCAAGUGCUCUGAGUGUGAAUAUUCUUGCGUGGCUAAGAGCCGGAUGUUGAGUCAUAUACUUUGCAAGCAUUCCAUGGAGAAACCUAAUCGCUGCUCUCAAUGUGAAUAUACUUGUGUGAAUAGAUCUGAUCUCAAAAGGCAUAUAAUAUCCAAGCAUUCCUUGGUGAAACCCUUUAGCUGCUCGGAAUGCAAAUAUACUUGCGUCAGUAAGCGGAGCCUAACUCGACACAGUCAAGUAAAACAUUCCGGAGAACAGGAAUCAUCACUCCCGAUCGUGUAAAUUAAAUCCCCUAAGGAAACGAAGUACGUAAACAAAAUAUUUUCUCUCACUUCUUUCAAAAAGUAAGCCUCUUCGAUGCUCGGAGUUGGUAGCUCAGUGACAAAAUUGUCACCCCAAUGUUUUUUCAGCGUAAGUUCAUAGCAACUUCUUAAUUAUAUAGGAAAUGAUUUGACGCUCUAGGUUCUAAUCCAAUUAUUUUUUCAAAAAUUCUAUUCCAGAAAAUGAUCUGGGACAUUUUACCUCAGUGUCUUCUUUCAGUCAACAACUAUGCCCUCAACUUAUAUACUCUAGAAACUGGUUCCGUAAACAAAGGCACACGAAUUCAACGGUUCGUUGGAGCAAAUUAAGUCAAAAUUAAGUGCAAGUUUUCAUCACUCUCUGGUACUCACGCUCUUAAGUGUGAAUCUAUAUUGCUCACGCCAAUUUGAUCGCACCGGCUAUUGGCAAAUCUGUUCUCAUGCGAGAUCGGCUUUUCGCCAAUCUUAUUACAGUAAAAAUUGAUACCUGCUAAGGACAAAUAGCAUCUCACGUUAACCGUCGUUGACGCCGUAUAUCCAGCGCCAUUAGGUGUUGCAUUAUCAUUUUGUGGACAGCGUAGAACUUAUGUGCUGCACCUGCUCGAACGGCACGUAAGCCAAGCACAAAAUUUAGGUAAUUGACCAACAACAAUUUCAUAUGAAUACUUUUCUUUGUUAACUCUCUAAUUUCGUUUGUUCCAAAAUUUCUGUAACUACUUUUAACUUCGUUAAUCCAAAAUUUAACUAUUCACCCCACACAUGUUAGCAAUUAUGUUCUUAUUUAUAUUUCCCAUCAAGAAAUUCUCUUGAAUCAAUUAUUGAAUGCGAAUAAUAUUCUUCUAAUGGUUUAGUAGUAGAAAGUUGAGUACAAGUAGAAAGCACUCUCUGAUGCCUGUGAAACUGCGUUUAAAUUAAGAAUCCACUUUAGGGAAAGCACUAGGUUGCAAUCGUCAGCCAGUCCGAUAUUUUUUCAGGCUUAUUUCUCGUUUGAUUGAGCUCAGGGGAUUAGGAUUAAGGGGAAAACUUCUUUUGAAUAAGAUUAUGUCAUUUCUCAACUCCUGUGCUUCUGUAAAUGAACUGUGUUUCCGAAUAAUGAGUUGGAUUUUAAUGUAAAAUUAUUGCUUGUACGAGUAUAUUAAACUCUAUGUUAGAACUUACUUACCAUAGAUCAAAUCUGGCAUUGUAAUUUGAAGUAGCACCUGAUAUUUCCUAUUCGAUUGAUGCCUCAGUUUACGUUCAUACUUAGUACAAUGUUCCAAGUCUACCCUGAUACCGUGUAGUGAUUUAUAUGUCUGUAUUUUAGCGAUCGAAGUCUUGCUAGUUUGGUCGGCGAUAUCAUUCUCUAAUCUCAAUAAAAAAUGUUUAUUGACUCUCA